CAGCAGCACCAGCAGCAGCACCAGCAACUUACCGCCCUAUUCCUGCAGAGUAAGAGGCCGGGAAUGCCAGACUAACAAUUCAUUUGCUUUUGAUGCAGUGUGUGGCGUGAGAGUUUGUUAUUCAUGUAUUUCUUUAUUCUCAACUAUCAAUUGACACCUUUACGAUUGAUUUCUGAUAGACCACAGUUCAAUGAACAAGCAUGUCAGCGUUGGUUCGAGCAGUAUGCUGACCCCGAUACCCCGAACAUGAUAUCACCUGAAGGCAUGCAGCGAUUUUUUGAAGAUCUUGGAUUAUCAUUAGAAGAUGUUCUGGGGAUUGUAUUUGCAUGGAAAAUUAAGGCAGAGACGAUGGUACGAAAUUUCUUAAGGUUAUAUUACCAAGGACGAAUGGAUGACUGGCAUGCGAGCAUUAGGGGCCGAUUCGAUGGAUAAGCUCAAGCAGAAAAGGUCUGAUUUAAAAGCGGUAGUACAUGAUCCCAACGAAAUGAAAGAUGUGUACCGUUACACGUUCGGCUACGCAAAAAAUAAGGACCAGAAAUGCAUGGAUGUAGACGUGGCAUGCGUGCUAUGGACAA